AUGAUUACUAAUACAAAUGGCAUUGCUGAAUCUAUUUAUCACUAUAUUUGGUUAAAGGAUGAUUCUUUACUCAAAGAGUCUUUCCAAUUGAGAUUGCCAGAUACAAUUAUAUUUAAGAAUGGAAUGCCAUAAGUUUGGUAUUUUACAAAUUAAUCAGGAGAAAUCCUUAUGAAGAAGAAUGACUGUCGUAAACCUGAAAAUAUCAUCAACUAUUUUUGUAAUAAUAGCAAAUAAAAUGGAUAAGUUAUUGCAUAUUAUAUUUACAAUAGUAAACACAAUGUUAAGGAUCCAAUAAAUGAUCCUCAUGAAAUUUAAAAGUCUAAGCAAUUUGAUGUAAAUGAGAAAAUCUGCAUCUAUUAUUUGACCAAAGAGACAUUUCCAUAAUUUAUUAAAAAUAAUAAUAAAGCCCCUGAGGGAAUACUUUAAAAAUUUAUUGAUCCUAUUGCAAAUCAUGAACAGCUGAUAUAAGCUAUUUGGAGUCCUUCUGUUUGCAUUCUUUCAAAAAAGUAAAACAAUAGAGACCUCUAUGACAUGCAAUUUGAUCCUUAUGAGCGAUGUGCAACAUUUGAUGGAUGCGAAGCUUAUUCUAAGGUGAUUCCUCUGAGAGGCAAAUAGAUUUCUUAAGAAAUUAGAAAGUAGUGUUAGAUGAUAAUCCAAAAAUUGACCAAUUUAAGUUAUGGUUAAACCAAUAUAUCUAGAGUUGUCAUGUACUUUAAACCAGACAAGUAGAAUCACGUUUGGUUUUUAUAUUGCUCAUCUAUUCGAUUGUAAGGAGAAGCUGACGAAUAAAUUUAGCAGUAUAAAUCUAUUUGGGGGAACUCAAAUAUCAAAAAGAAUAACACGCCAAUAUCUUUCAAUACUAAUUUCAAACGACCACAUUAAAUCAAAAAUGUAUUAACUGUGAAUACUAUGCAUCCAGUCACUCUAAUUAAAAAUAUAGAGUGUGUUGAAUGUGGAUCACUCUGUUAAAAAGAUGAUCUCUAUCAUUUGGCUUAUGAAUUCAUCAUUAAACAUUUUGAGAUGAACCCCAAUACGAAUCCAAUAAUUAACGACAAUAUCUUAGUUCUUAAACCAAAAUCCUUUGUCGUCAGUCAAGAUCACAUUAGAGACAUACAUUCUCAUAUACCUCCACUCAUUAUUAAACUGUAUCCUUAAAUCACUGUAGCACUUUAUGAAUAGAUGAAGGUUAAUGAUGCUUUCUUAAUUAAAACUAUACUAGUUUGUGAAUCCUGCUUUCUGAAAUAUAGUUCUUCAAAUUCCACAUUAUCUGGUUCAAGUCAGAGAGUAGCCAAACAAAAGAAGAUGUCAGUAAGAUUGAAGAGUGCAAGCAUAUUACAGAGGAAACCUGAAAUCAAGGAAUACCUAUUUUAAUAAAAUUUAGAUCUCAUUCAAUAAAGAAAGGAAGCCUUUUUUAAAUCAAAUAGCAACAAACAAUCAUUUAAUAGUAACUCUUAAUUCUCAACUGCACUUAAUACUCAUUCAGCUUCCCAUAAAUAUAAAUUGUCACUAGAAAGCAAUUUCGAUCAAAUAAGUUUUUAAUUAAAUACUGCUAGAUGA